GUUCUCUAGCUGAAGUUUUCAAAAUGUUCAAAAUCUUGUUGGUUUGCACAAUCCUUGGCUUGGCCACCGCCUCGCCACUUAGCCUUGGCGCUCUGAAGAGUGCGCUCGUUGGAGGUGGUCGUGCCCACCAUUCUGCCGGCAGCUCCGACGAUGUGCAUGCUGAGGUCUUGGGCCGCAGCGAUGAUGUCCGCGCCGAUGGCUUUGAUGCCACUCUGGAGACCAGCAACAGCAUUUCCCAGUCCGCCAGCGGUGAUGUGCAUGGCAACAUCCACGGCCAAUUCGGCUGGGUGUCCCCCGAGGGCGUGCACGUUGCUCUGUCCUAUGUUGCCGACGAGAACGGUUACCAGCCCAGCAGCGAUCUGCUGCCAACCCCACCACCAGUCCCAGCUGAGAUCGUUCGCGCUCUGGCUUACCUGGCUGCCCACCCAGCUGCCGCCUAAGCACUUUGGUCAUUAAAUGAAAAAUCAAUAUCUGAAUCAGCA